GGGUGGAGUCGACGCAGUGGACAAAUCGAGUAAUCGUCGUUCGGUAGGGUACAUGCAUUGACUGUGGAGUGCAGUGCAGUGGAGAGUGUGUGGAAGUUUGCUUGGCUAGCACGCGGUUGUUCUGAUCGUAACGGGAUCCGUUUUAGUAUGACUCUACCUUUCCUCCGCUUCCUUCGCGGUUGAAUCUAGUCAGCGGUUGAUUUAUUAUUUCCUCUGGUGCGUUCUUUCCAUGCCCUUCCUGGACGCGUGUAUUAUAAAGCGAGAUCUAACCUACCUGGGGGUCUUUUGAGGUCCUGCAUCAGUUUGGAGUCGAGAGCUCCGUGUUGGGGAGUUGCUCUCAAAGUCCAGAGUGUUCUUAGCUGUCUGUCGUCGAGAAGCUACUGGAAGUUCCACGGGGAAGUGCGAUUGUACGUGGGUGAGUUGUUCGUCUGCCAUAUAUGUCUGAAAGUGUUGUGGAUACUCAAAAGUUAAACAAGAGGGAAGCUAACCGGCUUUGCUCCAACAAUUCACAUCUGUUUAAGAGCUUUAUCCGAGGUUUUCGACUCGAGCGUUCUUAGGAGACUUCUGGCUUCUUCUUCGUAUGCUGCCUGGACUCGGUAUUAUUUUUUCCGUGGAGUGCACGGGGUGGUUCCGCUGAGUUAUACUGCGAAGUUAAAACAUCUCAGCGUACAGACAAGAGUGCGAUAUGGGUUGGUCUCCAGAAAGCGCGGCACAGGCUUACUUGCAAACUGUUGAAAUGGGAAAAUUAGAAAUUAAUAAGAAACAUACUUCAGGGGACGCAGAGCACCACAGCACGGAGUUUCUCGCCGCGUUGGCUGGUGGUAUCGAGGCAAAGCUUCUGGUGCAAGUCACCGCGUGCGCAAGCCUCUCCACCAUUGCGCUCGCCGUUGCCGCACGCAAGACAGGCGGGCGUCUGAUCUGCAUUCUCUCCGACUCAAACGCUCUUUUGAAUGCCAUGGUGACCAUGAACACAUUAGGUGUGUCAAGAGUGGCCGAGUUCAUUGUCGGAAAUGCUAAGGAUAUCCUAUCUCAAAUUACGGCUGUAGAUUUCGCUCUCAUAGACUGCAAACAGGAGCAAUCUGUGGAACUUUUCGACUAUUUGCGGUUGAAUCCUUCCCGGGCGGUGGUGGUUGCUGAGAAUCUAUUUCAACGAGAUGCUAGAACCUCAUACGAGGACAAGAUGAUCAGGAGGCCGGGAUCUAAGUCCACCAUUCUUCCCAUAGGCAAAGGAAUUGUAGUGGCAAGACUCUGUGGGAAGGAAAAGAGUACCGGCAAGAGAAGAAGCACCAAAAAAGUCAGUUGGGCGAUGGACAUGGAAGACAUUCUCUAACUCUACAUAUGGCUCUACAAUCCUGCCUGCAUGAGAAUGUCCAGGAAUGUAUCGGCCACAACCCGUUCCCAUUUCCAAGCAGAUGUUAUUAUGUUAUCUGUUAGAAACCUAUGCCUACAACAGAUUCCCCCUCCACAGAUAAUUUUGUUGGAUUCGGUGGGUGGAGCUGUCCCAUUUUUGCGAGCGUGAGGUGUACACAAUGUUGGAGCAUGUCGCAGACAACAAAUUAAUUAGUGUAUCAUGAAUCUGUGUACAUAGGGAAGAGAGCUCUUUCGUAACGUGUGCUCUAUGAAGAGAUACCAUAGCAGUGAGUCUUGGAAGGCUCAUCGGCACUAAAGCUCAUCCUCACAUUACUUUUUUGCAGUGAUGUCGGCGAAUGAAAAUUAAGAACUGUUUUUGACGAGCAAUUACUUUUGACUGUAUCACGAAACUUGUAUUAUUUGUUUGACUUCGUUC